GCCUCCUGCGCACUCGCCCCCCAGACCGGCCAGCGUGGUGGGUUGGGCUGUGGCGGCGGCGGCGUUGCUUCUGCCGCUGGCGUCGUCGUGGCGUCGCUGCGGCGUCGCGGCGCACGCACUCGCAUGCCUACCUCAGGGUACUACCGUCUGGGCGUGGGUGCGUUAUGGGUGUGUGAUUGUGUAUGUGUGUGUGGUGUGUGGAUGUGUGUGUGUCGCGGCCAUCCGCCACCCCUUGUCGCCCAGAGCCUGCUCGCUUGCCUCCCUCGCUUCCCGUGCCAGCCCCCCCUCCUCCUCCUCCUCUUUCCCCUGGUCGUUCGGUCGAUGUCGGUGCCUCGAAUAAUUGGCGGGCCGAGCUUGACCGGGUUGACAACGAAAGCUGUGCUGGCUCGAUGGCGAGGUCGUGUGCGUGUCCGCACGGGGGCGGCGGCCACUCGCGACGCAGCACUGUCGUAUCGACGGGCCCUCGAGCACGACCUCGUCCCGGGGGGGCACUGGGAGCGCGCGCUCACUACCGGACAUGACGAGUCUCAUCUCACCUCACCUGGCUCUGCCCAGGCCCGCCCGCAUAUCCCCCCAAGCUAAUCGGGUGGGAAGCGGGUGGUGUUGCGGCCCAUCCAGCUCGUCUCGCUCAACCAGAUACAGAUAGAUACCUUUCAUGCAUGUGUACGGGAUGUCUAAUGUGUCUGUAUACGCAGGAAGAGGGGGGAGGGGGACACUUAUCGUGUGGAAUGCACCCGAAGAACUGCUACCAACAACGGCCCCGUUCUCCACCCCUCGGGCACUGUCUACGCUCCUCGGCGAACAGUGUACAUGCAAAUGGACGCAGUCGGCGCUUUAGCGGGGCAGGUCAUCUAUCAUAUAUAGUAUACGCAGUGAAGAGGCGGCUUGGCGACGGGCAAGUCGAGCUCGG